AUGAAUCGUCAAAAUGAUAAUACCAAUAAUAGAUAUUAUGCUUAUUUACCUCCAACAGGUCCACCAUCAUCUCGAAAUUCUUCGUCAAAUAGUAUAAAUCGUAAUGCACAUUAUCAAUAUUAUGAUCCUCGUUUACGUGCUCGACAACAAACACAGCAAAAUCUUUAUGAAAUUCAAUAUUCAAAUAGAAGUCCUAAUCGAAGUCCACCUUCUUUAUAUGGUUCGCCACGUAAUCAAUAUUCUUAUCAACUACCACCAUUUCUUCAAGAUUUACCAUCAUCAUUAUCAGCAAAUACGAUUGCUGAUUUAGGUGAACCAAUAUCUAUAUUUGAUGAUAUUAAACCAUUAGAACAACGACGAGCAAUUGUUGCUCCACAUUUACCAUCAACAUAUGUACCACCAAAUCCAAGUCAACGUCCAUCUGUAAGUGAUGUUCGUCUUGCAACGGCACACGUUUUGCGAGGACAAUUAUUAGAUGAUAUUGAACGUACAAUAAAUGAUAUUGAUCGAGAUUUAACCUCACUUGAACGACGACCUUCAGUGCAACGUUAUAUGCCACCUCGUUUUUCACCUAUUAUAGAAUUAGAUACUCAAGAUGAAAAUCUCUUUCGACAAACAACAAAUACUAAUAAACCAGUUAGUGUUCCAACAAGAAAACCUAUUCCAAUGAUAACUUCACCUGUGAAUAAAAGAAUUCAACAGACAUCAGCACAUUCAACAACAACAAAAGAAAGAAAUAGUGGUACUAGUAGUCAAUUAUGGCCAAAUAAACCAAAACGUUUUUAUGAAGUUAUACCUAGUUUAACAAGUGAUUCAAGAAAAACGUCAAGACAAUCGUCUGUUGGUCCACAACAUGAACAAAUUAAAAUAACUGAAAUACAAUCACCACAAUCACCACCAAAACUAAUUGAGAAAAAUGUUUCAUCAUCAAAACUUCAAUUACGUGGUCAAUAUCAUUAUGCACCAGAAGUUGAAGAAAUUGAAAUACUUCCAAAUGAUCCAGAAAAUAUUGAUCAUAAAUCUAGAUUAGAUGAAAUGCAAGGAACAAGUCCUUAUGAAACAUUAGACACGAAUCAAUUUCUUCGUGAAUUAUCGAAUCCACCAGAAAGUCGUGCGAUGAUUUUUAUUCCAGAAUUUAGUGGUAAUAGUCAAAUAGGACAUCAUGAACCUAUUGAAGAUUUAACUCAACAUGAUCAAAUCGAUAAUACAAAUAUUGCUCGACCAUUAACAGUUGAUUCUUUCCAUGAUUUAAGACCAACUAAAGAAUUAACUAUUCAAGAUACUCAAUUACCUAUUCAAACAACACCAGAAGUUCAAAUCGAACCCGAAGUUAAAUCUCAAAAUAUAAUUACUCCGCAUGAAAUACAUUAUGAAACUGAAAUUGAUUUAGAAAAUCAAAUUAAUCCCAUUAUUUCAAAACCUAUUCAACAACGACGGCCAUCAACAAAAGUUUCAACGAUAACUCCAAUUGCUACUGAUGAUCUUCAGGAAAAAUCAUCUUCGUUACAAAUACCAACAAUUGAUCCUACUCUUGUUGCUGCUUCGUCUUCUUCUCCACGACCACCACCACCAACUCCUCCUCCUCCUCCUCCCCUUCCUGCUCCUUCUUCUUCUUCUUCCUCUCCUCCUCCUCCUCCUCUUCCUGCUCCUCCUGCUUCUCCUUCUCCUCCUCCUGCAGAUAACGAUGCUAGUGGUCCUGUUGCAUAUUUCUUUAGUGAUUUUGGAAAUGAAGGCGAAGGUGAAGAAGAUCUAGUAUCAAUUGAUGAAAGUAAUUUUGCUGUGCCAACUGGUGCAGAUAUCAUAGCUGAUGAUAGUGCCAAUAAUAGUUUAAUGGGACAAUCUCAAGCAUCAUUAUUACAUUUACGUUCGGCGCACGUGCCACAACAGCAGCAGCAGCAGCAACAACAACAACAGCUUACCUCGGCAAUGUCGUCAACUACAAAGAAUAACAAUGAGCAUAGAAAAAUAGAAGAAAAUAAAGAAAUAGAAAGCAAAGAAACCGAUGCAACAAAAAAACGUAUAACAACUACUACUUCAGUUUUACCGUCGUCGUCUUCAUCACCAGAAAAAAUCUUACCUUCUUCCACUAUUGACGACAUGCAAACUCAAUUUACUAGAAAAAACAGUACAGGUAGCGACGAUCAUCAUCGACAAUCGUCAAGUAAAAUGGCAAAUACAGAUGCAACUAAUUCAAAUAUCGACGAACAAGAAAAACGUUUAAAUAAUUCACAAAUUCGUCUUCGUUCAUCAUCAUCAUCAAAAUCUUAUCAUAUGCAUUCUCGCAUUCAAUCAGCAACAUCGGAAAAACAUGAUGAACAAAUUAAAAAUAAUAAUGAAGAAAUGCAUAGAUUAUUAUCAUCAUCACGUCAUACUACUCCAUUAAAAAGUAUCGAUAAUGAACAUAUUCAAACACCCGAUAGAAUUGAUUCAGCUAAUCAACGAAUAAAAUCAUCAUCGAAAACAUUAUCACGUAAUAUGUCUAGAACUUCGACUCAUACAAAAAAUGAUGAAGAAAUAAUACGUAUUGAUUCUGCAAGAAAAAGUUCAUUACAUAAUCUCGAUAGAGAAAAUUCAACUAUUAGUUCAAGAACAGUAUCUCGUCAGCCAUCGAUGGCACCUAGUGAACGAUCUCAUACAAGUCAACGAAGACCUGCUUCAUUACGUCCAUCUUCUAAUAACGAUGAAGUAGGUCAAUUAAUUAAUUCACAUGAUUAUGUAAAUAAAACACCAACAAAUGAAAAUGAACCAAAUGCAUUUUCAGCUGAAAGUGAACAUUUUCUUUAUAAUGAACCACAAAUAUCAUAUGAUCUUAAUCAACGAUUACCAAGUAAUUAUUCAUUAUCUAAUCCUAGUGAAUCUCGUCGUAGUUCAGCAGCAAGUUCAACACUUCCUGUUACACUUGGUUCACCUGAUAAUGACGAUAAUCAACCAAAAACAUCAAGAACAACAACACCAAAGAAGAAAAAUUCUGUUGCUUCAAUUGAUAUGCCACCCGAUCCAAAUAUAAUUCUUACAACAACUGAUGAUCCAGAUCCUAAUGAUCCAUCAAUAAUAAAUAGUACAAUACAUUUACAAAUAUUAUCCUCUCAACAACCUAAUAAUGAUAUAUUUAUUACAGAACGUAAUGAACCUAGUCCAUUAGAAAAUAUUGUACCAAUACAAGAAUUUCCAACUCGUAUUCAAUCUGUUGAAUUACCAACCGAAGAAAAUUUAUAUAAAUCUUCAUCUAAUAUACAUCAUAGUCCAUCAGCUGAAAUUGAACUCGUACCUGAUAAUGAAUUGCCACCAAUAUCACCAGAAAAUAGUAUUCGUCUUCAAUCUAUUUCACCAUCCAAUCAUGAACAAGAUGAAUUAUUAGAUCAAAUACCUUCACUAUCUAAAAUUGAAUAUCAACAAGAAUCACCACGAGAAAGUCCUGUAGUUUCGUAUCCAAAAACUCUUGAAGAUUUAAAGCGUUCAACUUCUCCACCAUUUCUAUCAUCAAAUGAACAUCAACAACAAGAACAAGAUGAAAAUAAUCGAUUACCAAUAGUAUCAACACCAACCAAUGAAACAACAACAACAAAUGAUUAUUAUAAUAGAGAACAAUUAAAACAUAAUGAUACACAUUCAUCAUUAAGUUCUCCACGUCGUAGUAUAUUGUCCGAUACCAAUCAUACAUCUGUUGAAGAUGAUGAUACAUUUGAACAACGAUUAAAUACACCAUCAAUAUCUCCUCAAAAUGAAAGAAUUAUAUCUCCUCAAAAUGAAAGAUUUAUAUCUCCUGAUUAUGAUGAUAAUAUUGAUAAUAAUCAAUAUGACAUUUCAAAACAAACUUUAAUAUCAUCACCAAUAAAACAAAUAUUUCCUAAUGAAAAUCAACAAUAUCCAUCAUCAGAAAAAUCAAAUUCAACAAUACAUGAUAAAUAUCAACAUCGUAACGAUGAACAUUUAUAUCGAAAUGAUAUUCAACUUAGUUCAGCAUCAAUUAAAUUUACUAAAAGUCAUUCUGCACGUUCAUCAUCAUCAUCACAAAUUCGACCAAUAUCUAAUGAAAAAGAUCUUCCAUCAAUGACUCCAAGUCAACAACAUUCAAAAUUAUCACUUCGAGUACGACAAAAAAAAUCAAAACGAAAAAAAUCAAUUGAUGAUCAACAACUAUUAUCACCACAAAUUGAUACAGUUGAUAUAGAUCAAAUGAAUAAUGAUGAUGAUAUUUUGGAAAAAAAACCAAAACAACGACAAUGUCGACGAGUAUCAUUUUCAAGUAGUAUUGCACAUUAUCAAAUGGAAGAACGAAAACUUCUAACAAAUUGGCGUGAACGUGUUGCUACUCUUUUAGCAAACAAACAUCGUCUAAAUGAAAAAUAUGCUCAUGUACAAUCACGUGUUAAUUCAUUUGCUAAUUUUGAGUAUCAACCAAAAAGAAUUAAGGUUAUGCCUGUUAGAAAAUUACAACCAAAAGUUAUUGAACCAAUAAAUGUUGAAGAAAGCAAAUUUGUAAAACGAAAAAAAUUCAAAAUAAAAAAACCAAAACCUCGACCAGUAAUAUCCAUUGAAGAGCUAACUGAUGAUGAACAACAACAACCAAUUCAGUCAGCAAAAGAUCCGGCACCUCAGUUAUUCGGACGACUUUGGUGCCUACCCGACGGAAGUCCGACAAUUUUUCAUGAACCUCUUGCAUGGAAUGCUGAGUCAAAAUUGGGUGGUUAUACAUAUGAAAAUCUUGAUUAUGAACCACAUCAUAACGAAUUCAAAAUUUUUAAUAAAAAACCCAAAUGGCAUAGUGAAUCAAAAUUAGCAGAACUUCGAAAAGAACAUAAACGCAUUCGUCAUCAACAACAUCCUGUUCCAACUAAUGUAUUACCAAUAAUACCUGAUAGAGGUGAAGCAUAUGUUUAUCAACAAUCAAGUUUAGAACCUGGAAUGGAAAGAAAAAUUUUUGAUAUACAAACUAACAUUCAACAAUCAGAAUUAAGAUUACAACAAAAUUUUACAGAUAAUCUAUCACAUCAAUCUUAUGGUUCAGCACCUUCGGAGAUACCUAUUUUUAAUGAAAAACUCGUAUGGACAAGAAAAUCAAAAAUAAAAGAUGCAACAUGGCAAAAUAUAAAUUAUCAACCAAAAAAAUCCGAAGUUCAAAUUUUUCAUAAAUCAGUUCAUUGGAAUAGUGAACCUAAAAUUCGAACACGUUCACCAUCAACAAUUUAUCCACUACGAACAUCAAUGAGUAAUGUUCAAAUAUUUGAUGAAAAAUUAAAUUGGGAUGCUCAAGCAAAAGUACAUUGUUGGUCAGAAAUUGAUCUUCGUCAAUUAACAAAAAAGAAAGCAAUUUUUGCACAAUAUCAUGAUCCAAAAUGGAAUGAUAUUGUAACACCUCGUGUUGAUGCAACUAAUUAUAAUUAUUCAAGACUUUCGAAUCGUGUUGAAAUUUUCUCUGAACAACUUGCAUGGGCAAAAGAUUCAGAAUUAAAAGAUUAUGUUUGGCAAAAUUUUGAUUAUAAAUCACAUCCACGAACUCGACAGUCAAACAAUCGACAACAUUUACAAGAUACUGAUCAAGAAAGUGAAAAAUUGGCGUUUGAUCUACAUCUUUCGAAUAUGUUCAUGUUUCAGUUUCGACGUGUGAACAGUCCAGCAAAUAAACCAAAAUGGAAUGCAGUAAGCAAAAUACGCAGUGUCAAUACAGUUUACAAUCCAAAUGCAACAAGUUCAACUACGAUACGACAAGGAUGGGAUCAAGAACUUCGUCGAAGACGAGUUCAUAAAUUACCACCAUUAAAACGAAAAAGAAAACAUGAUGAUAUACCAAAAUUAACUAUUGAUGCUUCACCAUCGACAUUACCAUCUAAUGCACAAUUAUCUAUUGAGUAUAAUUAUGAUCUUUCUUCAGCAACACAAGAACAUACGGCUAGUAAUGAUUAUGCAACAACGUCAUCAAGACGAUCAAGCAAAGCACUUGUUCCAAUAAAUCAUCAUCGACAUUUUGCUGAGCUUGAAUUACUUAAUGAAACUCCUCGAUCACAGCGACCAGUACAACAGGAAUGGUAUGAUGAAAUGAAUAAAUCUCGUUUAACACAUAGAACAGAUAUGGGACGUACUACAACUCAUUCAUUUCGAAAUUCAAUUGAUUCUAUUCAUCAACCAAAUACACCUCGAGAACUAGCAACAUUUCGUUCAUCCACACGAAAUAGUCAAAAUAGUGUUAUGAGUGGUACAUUACUUGAUUCGAGUAUUCGAACAAAUCGAGCAACGGAAUUCCGUCUUUCAAAAGACAUGGAUGAACAUCAUCAACAUUCUCAUACACCAAGUCAGUCAAUGCCUAUUGAAAUACGUGGUUUUAGACUUGAAGGUACACAAUUGACUGUACCUGAUGAUGCCACAAUUCGUCCAUUAUCAAAUGUUAGUUAUGGAGCAAGUGCACGAGUUAAAAGUCGUCGUGUAUAUCCAUGGAGUAAUUUACAUCCACAUCGAACAUCAAGUCGAAAUAGUUCAUUAGUACCUAUUGCAGAACUUCGACGUCAAUCACUUGAUACAACAAUAACUGAAGCUCAACAAUUAAUUCAUGAAGAAUAA